AUGACGACAUCUUCUCUGCAACCUGGGUCCACCAGAAGUAGGCCCAAAUGGGAUGAAGCAAUACCACCCGUUUUGCGGCCUCUACUUCGUGCUUAUGCACUCGGAUACGCGUCGGUGGUCGCGCCGAGGCUCCUCACGCUGGUACUGCAACUUGUCACUAGGAGGAGCAGGGAUGCCAGCAACACCACCAUCCCCAAACUACCCCGCGAGUCUUUCCUGGUAUCCCUGCGACGCAUCCUUCGCGGUGGGCUGGCAUUGCAACGAUUCCCUACGUUCUGCGCUGCUCUCGUAGGAGGCAGUACCUUGUUAGAUGUGCUCUCAAGAUUCCAAAUUUUUAUUUCGAUACUAUCCUUCGAGAUCAUCAUUAACGGGCGUCAUAGGCUCUCGAGAUGGAUUGCAACUUUCGUCGCGGCUUGUUUAGGUCUUAAGUUGCUGCAAUCGAGGCGGAGUGAACGAUUCGAAGAGACAAAUCCUGUCAAAUCAGAGCUAACUCCGGGAACUAUACAUCAUACUACUAGGUACGCUGGCCGUACGCUAGACCUGUCGCUAUUUGCCGUCACGCGGGCCCUCGAUGUCAUUGUGGGCGGAUUGUGGGCACGAAGACGUGGUCGUCGGUUGGCCUCUGGACGAUGGACGAGAGUCGAAUCGGCCAUAUCCAACCUGACGGAUCCAGCCAUAUUCGCAAUAUCAUGUUCGCUUAUAAUGUGGGCUUGGGUAUACUCCCCUUCGAGUUUGCCCAGAGCGUACGACAAAUGGAUUAGCUCAGCCGCCGCCGUAGAUACCCGUCUUAUCGAGGCGCUGAAGCGCUUUCGAACAGGCGAGAUACGGUACCAGGAGGAUACCGGCCAAGCACCACUUCUACAGGGCAUGUGCCUAGAGUAUAAGUGGCCGCUCCAAUGGGGCGACCCAGCAAAGGCCAUCCCUUUCCCCUGCGAAAUUGUCCACAUGGGAUGCGGACCUUCAUGCGAAUACCAUGCUCUUUCGAGAUGCUACCGCUCUUGCAAAUGGUCCAUGGCCAUGUACCUGCCGCUGAACCUGCUCCUCGUGGUACGGCAUCCCAACGCGAAAGGUCUCAAGACGGCCCUCUUAUCGGCGUGUAGAUCGUCCGCAUUUUUGGGAUCGUUCAUCAUGCUCUUCUACUAUGGCGUUUGUCUAGCCCGGACACGGGUCGGUCCUCAUUUAAUCGGCAGGAACAGUACUGCAUGUAAUAAGAUCGAUGACGGCAUAUGUGUAGGAUCUGGCUGUUUCCUUUGCGGAUGGAGUAUUCUACUCGAGGCUGCGGGCCGGCGGAAGGACAUGGCGCUCUUCGUUGCACCUCGGGCCAUGGCUACGGUGCUUCCAAGGCGGUACGCAUGGGAUAAGCAGUGGCGCGAGACGGUCGUGUUUGCUGCCAGUACUGCGGUUGUUUUCACUUGCGCUUUGGAAGAUCGGAAAAGGGUCCGGGGGGUACUGGGGAAUGUGCUUGGGACCGUUUUAGAGGCAUAA